GCGGUCAGGUCACAAGAUAACGCAGUAGUCGUCGACACGACCCCGAUUUCUCCUGUGAAAGAAGGCAUGCUUCGUCGGAACUCGCUCGAGAAGCACCUACAGCACAGGCCAGACCAGCAAGAUCUAAAGAACAGGCAUAUCUUGCUAGACACGUCCGCUGCACCUUCUCUUCAGUCCAAACAACAAGAGCUCGAACGCCAACGUGCCACUGACAGCCUCAAGAAAGGCCUCGCAACCCGCCCUGAUCGCGAAGAACUCGUGAGCAGAAAUAUCCUUCCCGAUUCCACAGCCGCCGCCGGUAUCCAGAGCCAACGAAAAGAGCUCGAACGUCAAAUGCGCGCGGACAAUCUUGAGAAAGCACUGGGUCGUCGUCCGACCGCGGAUGAGUUGGUCAAAGAGGGCAUCUUGACAGCUGAUGAGAAGCCCACGGGUGCAUGAGCCGGGUUGGAGUUUCUUUCGUCGACAUGAAGGCUUUGUUUUUAACUAGGUUCUCCUUAGGCGUUAUCAGGCAUUAGUUGUACGGGUAUGGUGGAAUGCAGUAGGUUCCCAGACUACUAAGUAUGAUUCAAUAUCGCAUGCUAUCAUCAGAUACUCAAAACAGAGGGGAGCUCGAAAUCCUCAUAGCUUAAGUGAUAUGUGCUUUAGUGGAGAUUCCAGUGUUUCAUG